AUGGCACAUGUCGAAGCCCCCAAUGGCAUCGUUCUAUACUGGUACAAAGCCUCACCUUAUGGUCGCCGGGUAGCAUGGUACCUCGCGCUGCGCAACAUCGCCUAUGCACAAUGCCUUCAACCACCCUACCUGCCCCGACCCGACCUUGACGCCCUAGGGAUCCAAUACCGGCGCUCCCCCAUCAUGGCCAUCGGGCGGGACAUCUACGUCGACUCGCGGCUCAUGAUCUCCAAGCUCGACAGCCUCUUCCCGGCAUCGGCCUCGCACCCGGGGCUCUCGCACCCGCAGCACGCGGGCCUGGCGUCCCUGCUCCAGAAACUGUCGACGGAGAGCGCCUUCUCCCAGGUCGUGCGCCUGAUCCCCGCGGAGAACCCCCUGAUGAAAGACGCGAAGUUCCUCAAGGACCGGGAGCAGUUCGGCGGCGGCCGCGGCAUCAAAGCCAGCCCCGCCGCGAGGCAGGAGGCCACCGUGCACAUGCAGCAGAUCUUCGCCAUCCUGGAGAGCCUGCUCGCCGACGGGCGGCCGUGGAUCGCCGGCACGGAGGAGCCUUCGCUGGCGGACCUCGAGGGCGUCUGGCCGAUCGAUUGGUUAAUCGGACUCCGGCCCCCGAGGGAGCAUUUCUCCGCCGAGAGAUUCCCGCGCGUCUACGCCUGGCACGCGCGGUUCCGCGCCGCCGUCAAAUCGAAGUCGUCCGCGCAGGCCGCCGGGGUCCCGUCCCUCACCGGCGUCCAAGCCACGCCGCUCGUGCUGAACGCCGCCUUCGCCGAGCCCCCGCAUCUCUUGAGCGUCGACGAGACCGAUCCCAUGCGCCUGCGCGCCGGCGAGGUUGUGGAGGUCUUCCCGACCGAUGGCGGUGGCUUCUUCCAUCAGGAUCGGGGCACGCUGGUGGGGCUGAGUGCGGGCGAGGUCGUCAUCGUGAAGAGCGUCAGGGACGACAUGGGUGGGGAGAGGGAGGUCAGGCUGCAUGCUCCUCGGUGGCAGUUUAGGAUUCGGAGGGUGAAGGCG